AGCAGCCAGUUCAAACCCAGCUCUGCCUACUCCCUGAGGUUGGAGAGACUGCAGUAACCUGGCCAGGUUCUUCUGCUGAUAACAGAGCUGACGAAGAUCCUUGGACCAGCUGCUGAGCCACCAUGAUCCCUAGGCUCCUUCCCCUUCUCUGCAUCCGGCUGUGUGUUGGGCAAAUAAGCAUUCCUGACAAUGGGCCUCUCCCGAAGCCCAGCCUCAGUGCCUGGCCCAGCUCAGUUCUCCCCAGCAAGAGCAGUGUGACAAUGCGAUGUAACAGCCUUACCCCAAGUAAAUACUUCAUACUAAAAAAGGAAGGUGUUGUUCUGGAUUCUGUGAAGCCUUAUAAUUUUUCAGAGGAAAUGGCUGAUUUCCAUAUCACUGAGCUACAACAGAAUGAUGGAGGAUACUACACCUGUGAAUACUACAGCAAAUGGCUCCACAGCACACUGGCACAGUCCAGUGAUGCCCUUCUCCUCUUGGUCACAGGGUACUUACUUAAACCUUCCUUGCAAGCCCACCACAGGGGCACAGUGACUGCAGGAAGCAAGGUGACUCUGCAGUGCCAGAAAGCUGGCAGUGUGCUUGGACCCAUACAGUUUGCGUUGCUGAAGGUGGGACGCUCAUUGCCUGUGCAGACUAGGAGCGCAACAGGAAUGGUAGUAGACUUCUCUAUUCAGAACGUGACAGCCAGAGACUCAGGGAAAUACAGUUGUGUAUACUACCAGGCGAAGGCUCCCUAUCGGGCCUCAACCCCCAGCGAUCUCCUUGAGAUCUCUGUGAUAGAGCCUCCAGAGCCCCACGGUACCAUGACAGAAGGCUACACCAUGGGCAACCUCAUUCGGAUUGGAGUAGCUGCUAUACUCGUGCUGAUAAUGGGAGGUUUUCUGGUUGAAGCCUGGCAUAGCCAGAGGUUGUCUCCAAAUAGACCUUGGUUAAGUAACUGAACACUCCUUGUUCUAAUGGGCCAUUGUGUGGUUGUGACUGUUUUCUGCUUCCCAGGUAAACAGGUAUAAUUGACAGGUACAAAUUGAAUGAAUUUACUAUGUAUAAAGUAAGAUCUUGACAUAUUUAAUUAAAAAAUUAAUGUGGUUUUCCUGAAUGUAUGGCUGUGUGGCCCAUGUAUGUCUGUACCAUGUGCAUACCUGAGGCUUGCAAAGCCAGAAGGUGUUGAAUUCACAGAUGGCUGUGAACCACCAUGUGUAUGCUAGGAUUGAGCCAUGGUCCUCUGCGAGAGCAUCCAGUGCUUGUACCUGCUGGGCCAUCUCUCCAGUCCCCGCAUAUUUAAUGUCUAUGUGUCAAUUAUACGUCAAUCACCCUAGGAAAAACAAUUCAUUAACCAAUUACGUACUGAAUAAGAAAUUUUACCAGUCAUGAAAUGGCUGCCAGAAAGCAGCUUCAAAUCUACAAACCAAUUAAGAGCUACUUUUGUGGCAAAAUUUAAUUGUUGCCCACUUACUUAGCCUUGUUACUUAUAGAUAGAGGAUACUAUGCUGUACCCUAAAUAAAUACGGGUUUAUCUAAAAAUUAGGUCCCACCCAGUGGUUUCUCAGGUUUCUCCACACAGGCACACAGGAAAUUUAUUUUCACCAUAUGGUAGUGAUGAGAAACCGGGGCUAGAGAGAUGGUUUGGUGGUUAAGAGCACUUGUUGCUUUUACAGAGGAUGGGGCUUUGUUUCCCAGCACCCACGUUGUGGCCACAACUACCUGUAACCCCAGUUCCAGGUGUGCAAUUCCCUCUUCUGGCUCUGAAGGCACCAGGCAUACAAAUAGUACAUAGACACGAAUUCAUGCAAAAACCCAUACGUAUAAAGUCAAACAAUAAAUAUCAAAUAAUGAAAAAAGUGGUUUGUGACUGGCUCAAUUGGUGGCAUGUUUGCCCAUCAUUCCCUUUUUAAAAGUUAUUUUAUGUGGGGGCUGGAGAGAUGGCUCAAAGGUUAAAAGUUCAAUUCCC